AUGAGCUAUGCUAUAUUCACCUGUAAUUCCUGUUCGAUUCAGUUCAGAUCGAGUGAUUCACAAAGGUAUCAUAUGAAGACUGAAUGGCACAGAUAUAAUUUGAAAAGAAGAAUUGCCAAUUUGCCGCCAAUUGAUGCUGCCCAGUUUGCUGAAAAAUUACAAGUAGUUGAAAGAGAAAGAUCUGAAAACCAGGUAGAUGAGUUCGGCUUUCCUCUAUUCAAAGGAGUUCAUCGCCUCUCGAAGGAAAAGAAGAGAGACAAGCGAUCAGAACAGGGUGAAGGGUCGACUCUGGCGACACGGAGCAGAAGACCGGAGGCACAUGAAGAACCUUUAGGACCUGUACGCUCCAUUUCACCUACUGGAUCUGUCGCUUCAAGAAUAUCGAGGUUGUCUAUACGGAGUGGAGAAGUCACUACAGAUUUCGGGGAGGACACCAUGUCAGAAUAUGGAUUUACCAGCGAAUCCAACUAUGAGUCAGAUAUUGGUGAUGAUAAUAUUUCAAUAUCAUCUGCAGGUGAACAGGAAAAUAACGAGGUAAGCAUAAACGACUGCAUUUUCUGUGGAGCGAAACAUAAGGAUCUCGAAAGGAAUUUGAGCCACAUGUUCAAGCGCCAUGGUCUUUAUAUCCCUGAGAGGUCAUAUCUUGUAGAUUUACCUGGGCUAAUCCAACAUUUGAUUGAAAUUGUAGUUCAUAAGAAGCAAUGUUUGUGUUGUGUUUUUAAGGGCACCACACUGGAAAGCAUACGUGCACAUAUGAAUUCUAAACGUCAUUGUAAGCUCCCUUACGAAACCAAGGAGGAGCGAAAUAGUGUAUCUCAGUUCUACGAUUUCAGCUCUUUAGAUUCCCAACAAACAGAAACUGAUGACAUGACUAGUUCUAAAAAAAUUCGUUUCUCCGACAGUAAAACUGAGGAAGACAAAACGCUCCCGGCUAUGGACUCCGGCGAGAACGGUAUCAACUCUAAUUACUCUGUUUUUCCUGUAGAUGAUACGGGUAUGGAAUUAACUCUACCAACAGGUGCGAGAGUUGGCCACCGUAGUGGCCAAAGAUAUUACAGACAAAAUAUAAGUUUACCACCAGGCCAUAGCGAAAGUAGAAGAACCGUUAGUGCUGCAGAUAGAAGACUGGCCAGUGGUAUCACUGAGAAACAAUUCAAACAAGGACUUAAAAACAUGCAGCAGAUGGAAAAGAGGGCUCUCGAUCAACAGAUCAGAAGAGAAAAAUCAAGCAAAAUCAACUAUCAGGCACAUUAUAGGGAUGAGCUGUUACAAUGA